AUGGUUGGCAUCUCGGGACGGGAAUGGCCUUCGCGCCUUCUUGUUACCAUCCACAGAAUCCGAACCCUCCGCUCGCGGUCCAUAAUCAUAAAGACGGUGAAUGGUGGUGGUGAUUCUGUAGUGGAAGAAGAGGUUGUGUUGUGGGCAGAAGAGGAUGAUCAAUUUGUGAUCUCGAGAUCCGAUUGGAUUCCUGCUGAAGAAGUUCCCGACGAGGAUUGA